AGACUGAGGAGAGAAAAGGGGUGCAAGAGAGGCAGGAGCAGCAGCAGGAACCAGCACUAACGCCCAGCGGGACGCGGUGCCAGCAGACACACAGAACAACCACCAGCGGCCCCGCCACCCUGAGGCGCCAUUAUAGAGGGGAACUCCCAGCAUGCUCCGCGGCAGCGGCGGUUGCCCGCUUCACACGAAGCGCAUGCGCAGUCCUAUCUUCGAGGCCAGGGCGAACCACUGCACAUGCGCACUGCGGGUACCAUGCCCACACCGAGGGAACUGACCCGCCGUGGCCUCGCGGGGCUCAGUGCGCCUGCGCAGCGGGUCGCUGCUCGCACGCCUGUCCUGCGCAUGCGUGCUCCGCGUUCGCUGGGGGCGCCCCGCCCCUUCCCUCAGCCCCGCCCCGCCCGCGCGCAGGCGCAGUGCCCGUUGUCUCUCUCCUCCGGGCUGCAUCUCCGCGGCCGCGGCGCCCGGCCCGGCCCGGCUUGGCGCGACGGAGGGGCGGCGGGGGCAAGCGGCGGAGGAAGCGGAGCGAAGGGCGGCUGCGAGCAGCGCGGCUCGGUUGCGCCCCGUCGGAGCUUUGUGUUAUUCUUGGAAAGUUUCGCACCACUUGUGAAUUCCUUGAACCUUGGCAUUGCAAGCCCACUUCUGUUGGGCCCUCCUCCUUUACAGCUUGCGCAAAUUAAGACACAGUUGGCUCUUCAGCAAUUGACCUCAGUUGCUACCAACAGUUCUGCACCUCCUUAUGCUUGGUUAAAUCAGGCAUUUCUGAAAAGUGCAAUGUUUAGCCCCAGAGGAACUUUACCUCAGAGGCCGAGAGGACCUAAUCCAUCUGGCACAAAGCCUCCGGGAUCCUUUAGGGGAGGAGGUGCAGCAGGUCUUCAGAGAAAGCCUGCGCCCGGAACGCCUCAAGGAGUGUCACAAAGAUUCUCGGGACAGGAAACGUUUCAGUGGACGGGUUCACAGAGGAUAAACGUUCGGGUAACUCUGCACAGGACUGAUCCGAGGCAGGUAAAGGAGAAGACAAACCUGUACCAGGAGCAGAAGAGAGAGCCUCACACAAAUCGCUGGUACAGUACGCCAUGCUCAGCUGGGACAACUGGGCAAAAGCCAUCUGCCUCGGCACGGGUCUCGGAGCAGAAUUCAAAUGCCCAGAGCCGCUACACACCAGAAAGUGCUUCCAGUAUUUUGGCGAGUUUCGGGCUGUCUAAUGAAGAUUUGGAGGAACUCAGUCGCUAUCCAGAUGAUCAGUUAACGCCUGAAAACAUGCCGCUGAUCUUGAGAGAAAUACGGAUUCGUAAGAUGGGUCAUUCUUUAUCCGGUGUACAUACUCAGAGCCAAGGAGAAGAAACGAUUGGUGGUACGAGUGGUGCAGCAGUCAAGAGUAAAGUGAUUGAUUAUGGACAUGCAAGCAAAUACGGUUACACUGAAGAUCCUCUUGAAGUGCGUGCUUAUAAUCCUGAAGUCCUGACUGAAGAGCCUCUCGAAGCACGUGUCUAUAAUCCUGAAGCCUCAAGCGGAGAGAACAGGGAACACUUCCAGCGAGAGCAGAAUAUGUCGAUGAGUGUCCCACCAUCUAGCGUGACGUGCAAUCCAGUGUUUCCAGUGGAAGAUUUAAUAAAACCGACGGGGUUCCAGAAUGAUUCCUCAAACACUCGAUCGUUUUUUCCAGCUGAGACUUCAGGAAAGGUGUCCAAUUUGUGUGCGACACCCGCUGCACUCCCUGUGGUGAAAUCUGUGUCCCAGCCUGCAAUACUACCUGUCAUACCGCCUAUGAUGCCACCUAUGAUGCCACCCAUGGCACAGCCCAUGAUGCCACCUGUCAUGCCGCCCCUCGUCCAGCAGUCUGUGACCCAGCACGUAAUGCCACCGAUGACCCAUCCACCCUUUUCAGCUGAACUUCUUGCAGCUAUAAGCCAGCAUGAAAGAAUUCAGCGUGAAUCUGGGACAAGCCAGUCUAACGCCCAGAGCGGCUCGGGAGCAGGACAGAAGCCCUUCCAGCCCCAGGCUGAGGGGCCAAUUAGAUCUCCUUUUGGUAUUGUGAAAGCAUCGUGGCUUCCCGUGUUUCUGCAGUCUGGUGCCCAGAAGAUAAAAAGAUUGCCCACUCCGUCAAUGAUGAAUGACUACUAUGCUACAUCUCCAAGAAUAUUUCCACAUAUGUGUUCUCUGUGUAACAUUGAAUGCACUCAUAUGAAGGACUGGAUUCUGCAUCAGAACACUCCUUCUCACAUUGAAAGCUGCCGCCAGUUACGCCAACAGUACCCUGAUUGGAACCCUGAGUCUCAUUCCUCAAAAAGAAACGGUGGUGACAGAAAAGAAAACCAGACCCCAAAGCGUCGUUCCAACUCUGCUAGUCCCAGCCCUAGACGUUCGAGGGUCACAGGCUCUGGCUAUGUUCUUCGCCGAUCACGAUCGAGAUCUAGGAGCCCCAGCCGCUUCAGGCCAACGAGGCCAAGAAGUCGAAGCCCACGACAGAUGCGACAGCUUAGCCCCAGACACAGGUCAAGGUCACCGCAGCGAUCAAGAAAUCCGCUGAGAACUAGUCGACGACCUCAGAGGUCUUCCAGUAAUGAUUGGUCACCGAGGAGGUCAACCCGAUCUGAAGACAGAAAGGCAGCUCUGGAGGCGGUAGUGAAAAGUUUGGGACCUGGCUUUGUGGCAAAGUUGAAUAAACAUAAGUCACUUCAAGCAGCUGGGCAAGGAUCUUCGGGAUCGGGAAAAUCACCACCCUCUCGUGGACUCUUACGGAAGAUGCCUGGAAAUAUGAAGAAGCCACUGAAGACAAGCGUUUUAACAAAGGCUUCGAAGAAAGAUGUGCCUUCUUUGCCUGGAUCAAGUUCUUCGUCUCCUGAAACUGAUGAUUUACCCCAAAGCAAAGAAAUGGAAGAGGAUGAAGAAGACUUAUCCACAGGAACCAGUGGCCCUCGUCCUACUUCUUAUAAUAGGCUGUUGAGAGAGGAAUUGCUGAGUUGUGGGACAGUCCUUCAAAUAUCUGAUUUACCGGAUGACGGCUUUUCAGAUCAAGAUAUUAAAAAAAUUGUUCAGCCAUUCGGCAAAGUUAGCGAUCUCCUUGUACUUCGCUCUAGAAAUGAGGCCUUCUUGGAAAUGAACUACAAAGAAGCCGUGAUAGCAGCUGUGAAAUACGGUGAAACUGUGCCAGUGCUGCUGAAUGGGAAACGGGUGAAAAUAAGUGUAGCGGAAAAACCAAAGGCAUCUCCUGGCCAGGUCAAAAUGAAUAUAAAAAAACGGGCUCAGAAUAUUAAAAAAGUUGCACGAAGUACAAAAAAAGAUCCGAAUGCCACCACUAAGACAACUAAAUCCAUUACGGGUAAAAAAGAAAAGACUAAGAAAUCAACGAUGGCAGGAGAAAGUAAAAUCAAGAAAACUUCAAAUACUGCGACAAAAUCUGUAGAUGAAGACCUUCAGAUCUCAACAGAAGCCGAAACGGAAGUCGGGGAAACUAAGCUGUCAGACCCAAAGAACGAAGGAGACAGAGUUCCGGAGCCUGUGGAGAUGGCAGAGGCUCAGUCCAAAGGAGUGACUGAUCCUGUACCUGUACCGGGUAAUUCUGAGGCUGCCAUAGCAACUACAAAGAGUGAAGAGUCAACGGAACCAGCUGACAAGGAGCUUGAUGAUAUGUGCGUGGUUCUUAUUUCAAACCUGCCUGAGAAAGGCUAUUCUGUUGAGGAAGUUUCCAACCUAGCAAAGCCGUUUGGAGGCCUGAGGGAUGUGCUAAUUUUAUCGUCUCAUAAAAAGGCAUAUCUUGAAAUAAAUAGAAAAUCUGCAGAUUCCAUGGUUAAAUUUUACACCUGCUUUCCAAUGUCACUGGAUGGAAAUCAGCUCUGCAUCAACAUGGUGCCUCAGUAUAAGACCAUAAAAGAUGAUGAAGCAAUAUUUACUGCUGUAAUUAAAGAUUCUGACCCCAAGGUGGAUACUGAAACUAUACAUAAUCAGUUUGUGCAUCUUGGAAACUUGCCAGACGAUGGAUACAGAGAACUUGAAGUAGUUUGUGUGGGACUUCGAUUUGGAAAAGUCUAUCAUUAUGUUGUACUGAAAAAUAAAAACAAGGCGAUUCUGCAGCUGGAUAGUCCCAAGUCGGCCAGGUCAAUGUACAGCUUCCUGCAGCAGUAUCCCUAUAAUAUGGGUGAGCAUACCUUGACCUGUACGUUGUCGCCCAAUGGAGAGUCUGCUGAGGCUGAAGCUGUGAAAAAAACGAAGAAAGAGGAACCAAGCAAAGGAAGCUCUGGCUUGAAAAAAUAUCCAGAGGGAUCAGGAGUGGUGCAAACAGCAGCUGCUAAUCCUCCAGUAGAGCCUAGUGUGGCAAAGAAAGGACCCGUUUCCAUCUCUAAUGUCAAAGACAAGAUGUCAGCAGUGCAGAUAGAGCCCUCUGAGCCCCAUCUUGAAAGAGCAGUCAGGGAGUCUGCUCCGAGACUGGCAGAAACGUCUGCGGAGAAAGUGGACGCUGGAGUUGAAACCGCUGUGGCAUCUAUCAAAUCCGCUGAAUCUGAAUCGUCUGAAGCAAAGUCAGAACAGAUGCUGCUGCCUUCUUCUGGUGUGGAGAAAGGAGAGGUGGUCACAGAUAAUACAGAACCAGAGCCGUUUGAACCUGCUGUUGUGUCUGCAUCAGAGAAGGAAAUGAAAGAGAAAGAUGAAGAGUUGUCUGCUUCUGCAGCUAAACUGCCAGAAGAGUCGUCCGAGGCAGGCACGGCUGAAGGUGUGCCACCAGAUUGUGCCGUGAAGACAGCAGUGGGGGAAUUGGCAGGGGCCAUCCCCGAAGUGGUGCCCCCUCAUUCUGAUGCACCUUUGGUGGAGAUGGAGUCAUCCGUUGUCACGCAAACAAACGACAGGUUGUAUGCUCCUGAAAAAAAUCCCUUUUCUGAUGCUGUGAAAACUGAACCUGAAAUGCCUGUAACUCAGAUAACAGAGAAGAAACCUGUACUUAAAACCGAGGUGGCCAUGGAGAAGAAACUGGAUGUAGCUGGAGCAGAUGCAGAGCUGAAACCAGAAGAGUCUGUGCUCCAAGUUGGAAGAGCUGUGGAGGAAAACCCUGAAAAACUUCUGGUCAAGACUGGGGCAGAGACAGAGAAGAAACUUGAAAAAAUUGUGGCCAAGGUUGGGGCUGCUGUGGAAAAUGCUGCAAAUGCUGUCAAUGAGGGAAGUUUAAUCAAAGCACAUCAAAAUAAAGGAACAGGACCAGCAAAAACUGAUGAAACCUGCAAAGCAGUUACGUUAAACUCCUUAUCUGUUGAGGAAUCUUCCUCUGUUGGUAAAACGAAUUUAAAGGCAGUGAUGUCUCUUCUGGAUAUGUCAAAGUCAAGGGUUCCAGUACGGAGAAAUGAGCCUCCCCUGUGCAAAGGAGGGGAGCAGAAAGCUCCCUCGAAACCUGAGACCAGAGGCCAAGCAGCGGUGGAGAAGAAAAUCACGUCGAAAGAAGUGGGUCAUCCGCGACCUGGGAGCAGCCGAUCAAACCUGGGAGAUGGCGGCGGCAAGUGUAAAGUGAGCAGAAGUUCUGCUGUUGAUGGAAAGGGAGGCAAUGGGAGGAAUUCAUCUCAGCAAGAGAAGGACUCGCGAGCGGAAUCUAGGGCUAGUUCAAAACAGUCUCAAGAGGGAGAGAGUAGAUCAUCCAGCAUGAAGACAGACAACAGCAGCAAUAAGGCUUCUGUUGGUGGCAAUACUAAAACUUCAAAAAGUGGCACUAGCAGCAGUGCGAAACAAAAGGAGGAAGAAGAGCUGUUUCCAUUUAACCUGGAUGAAUUUGUUACUGUGGAUGAGGUUGUAGAGGAAAUCGAGUCUCCCGUUAAAACACGGCGAAAUCCACCGAGGGGAAAGAGAAAAGAUGGUGCUAAACCCAACUCCUCCUGUGAGCCUAGUUCCAAGAGGAGGAAAGGGAAGAGCUCCAUCGCUCGCCUUGCCGAAAGCGAACUCUCGUUUGUCACUUUGGAUGAAAUCGGUGAGGAGGAGGAUGCACAGCUAAUGGGAGUCGCUAAUUUAGAAGCACUCAGUGACCCACAGGGCCUGGUCGUAGUGGAUGAAGUGAUGGAAGAGGAAGAACUCAUGGCAGAAGCAGUGAAGGAUCCACAGUCACUCGUUACUUUGGAUGAGAUAUCUGAACAGGAGGACCUUACUUCUCAUAAAGAUGUCCCCAGGUCUGUUUUUGAGGAGCCGGAUUUGAAGGCUGAACCCUUGGUAACCGUAGAUGAAAUCGGUGAAGUAGAAGAGCUGCCUCUGAACGAGCCUACAGACUUGAACGUGGAUGUGCUGAAACAGAAGGAGGACGGCAGGGUGGGUGCUGAGGAUAUGGGGGAUUGCGCUUCCUCCCAGGUGCCCGAUGAUCCCAGUGCAUUAGUGACAGUGGAUGAAAUACAAGAGGACAAUGAAGAUAAUCCUCUGGUGACUUUGGAUGAAGUUAAUGAAGAUGAAGAUGAUUUUCUGGCUGAUUUCCAUUGUCUAAAAGAGGAACUAAACUUUGUUACAGUAGAUGAAGUUGGAGAGGAGGAUGAAGAAGAAGAAGAAAAUACUUUCCCAGGGAAAAAUCUGAACGAGGAUGAAGAUGAUGAAGAUAUUGUUGCUGUUGCAGGACCAGAAGAAGAAGAAAUUGCUGCCAUUGCAGGACCAGAAGAGGAGGAUAUCGUUGCUGUUGCAGGACCAGAAGAAAUGGAAAUUCUAGGAGAUAUGAGUCCAGAAGAAGAAAUUAUUGCAAUCUCAAAGUCAAAAGUAGAUCAACUGGGAUCAGGAGAUAAAGAACCAGAGUCCAAGCGGAAGAAAAUGGCUUCUUCAGAGGCAUCAAAGAUGCAGAGUACUCCAAAAGAUCUGGAUUACCUGGUUCCAAAGGCUGGCUUUUUCUGUCAGAUCUGCUCGCUGUUCUACGUGGAUGAAACGUCUGUGAAAAAUCACUGCAAGACGCCGCUUCAUCAGCAAAAUAUGGAGAAGUUCAUGGCCAAGCAGAAGGACGAGGAUAACGCUGGGGAAGAGCGGAGUUCAAGGUGAUUGGAGGAAAGAAGAAUUCUUUCAGUGAACUAAACUUAGGGUCCAGUCAAUUUUGUGUAUUUUGUUAUGAUUUAAUUUGUAAUUUUGUUUUGGAAAAAAGCAUUCGCGUUGUAUAAGUUUGAGCUCAGUAUAGACAGACUAAAAGAAAAACGUAUGGUGGCUUUGGUUUGUAUAUCAAAUCAUCUGACUUGGAAGAGACUUCUUUUACAAGUGUCAACAUGAAAUAAAUGUUCUUACUGUAUAGUUAACACCAGGGAA